UGCGCAGUGGAUAUGGAUGUGGACGCCUCGUGCGCUCUGAUCUUUGGCGUGGAGAGCCUGCACUCAGCGGCGCGCAGGGUGGCCAAAUGAAUCAACGCCCUCCAGGCUCCUCCAGCGUGCAAUGGCUUAACAGGAGAGACAUGAGUGUCCGAACCGAGGACAACAUCAGCUUGUGCCAAAGGGCCCUUCAGAUCGUUACGGAGCUCUGUCUAGCGGGGCAUGUAGAUGGGGAGAAAUGCUCGGCUAUAUUUCCCUUGGAGAGCAACAUACCAGACAUCUCUAUCAGUCUCCUUGCUGUGGUCGUGGGUUUCUGUGGACUCGCCCUGUUGGUAGUCUCUCUCUUUGUCUUUUGGAAGCUGUGCUGGCCCAUCUGGAGAAGCAAGGCCCUCUCGUCCCACGCCGACAAUGGCCCCCGGGUUGGGCUCCCAGAGGCCCUUCCGCCGGCCCCCCAGCCCAUCACACCCCUCCACAAGGUGGAACCAGUGGAAGAGGAGAAGAAGCCUGUGCCAGUGGUGAAGGUAAACGGGCGGUGCAGCUCCGUGAAGCUGCUGGAGGCAGCCAUGAAGAUCAGCCAGACGUCCCCGGACAUCCCUGCCGAGGUGCAGAUGGCCCUCAGGGAGAGGCUGGGCCAGCAGGCCAAGAUCCAGAGGCAGACCACCGACCCCACCUCGUCCUCCAGGCACAAUUCAUUCCGCCGCCAUCUGCCUCGCCAGAUGAACGUGACGAGUGUGGACUUCAGCAUGGACAUGCUCCCCAUCCGCCAGUCGUCCACCGUAAGCAUCGGCCGCAUCAAGCCCGAGCUCUACAAGCAGAAGUCUGUGGACUCCGAGGACGGGACCCAGGAGCCGGUGGAGACGUGCGGUAAGCUGAGCUUCUCCCUGCUCUACGACUACGAGGAACAGGCGCUAAUGGUCACGAUCCUCAAAGCCCUGGAACUGCCGGCCAAGGACUUCACUGGCACCUCCGACCCUUACGUCAAGAUCUACCUGCUGCCAGAGAGGCAGAAGAAGUUCCAGACGCGUGUCCACCGCAAGACGCUCAACCCCACGUUCGACGAGGCCUUCUUCUUCCCCGUGGAGUACGACCAGCUGUGCAACCGCAAACUGCACUUCAGUGUCUACGACUUUGACCGCUUCACCAGCCAUGACAUGAUCGGCGAGGUGGUGGUGGACAACCUCUUCGAGCUCUCCGACCUCUCGAGGGAAGCAGUGGUGUGGAAGGACAUUCACGCCGCGACCACGGAGAGUGUGGAUCUGGGGGAGAUCAUGUACUCUCUAUGCUACCUGCCCACGGCAGGACGGAUGACCCUGACCGUCAUCAAGUGCCGGAACCUCAAAGCCAUGGACAUCACUGGCUCCUCAGAUCCCUAUGUAAAGGUUUCCCUGCUCUGUGAUGGACGGAGGCUGAAGAAGCGGAAAACCACCACCAAGAAAAGCACUCUGAACCCAGUGUACAACGAGGCCAUAAUCUUUGAUAUUCCCCCAGAGAACGUGGAACAAGUCAGCCUGUCCAUCAUGGUGAUGGACUAUGACCGGGUGGGCCACAAUGAGGUGAUAGGUGUGUGUCGGACGGGGCCAGAUGCUGAGGGCCUGGGGAGGUACCACUGGAACGAGAUGCUGGCCUACCCACGCAAGCCCAUUACACACUGGCAUGCCCUGGGAGAGUGGCCAGGAAGAGCGACAAGCUUUGAGAGCCAGGGGUCUUGUCCUUCCCCCAAACCUCCACAGACUCCAUAGGGAACACAAAUGGAGCCAUGUGACCUGAUAGCAGAUUAACUAGAUGUGUACAGCUGUAGUAACCACAAUUCUGUCACUUACAGAAAUGUCCAAUGCCACCAUCCGACUCAUCCAGAUGACAGCAUUAUAGGUUGUGUUUCAUCAUCUAGGCCUAUUGCAUUUUACAACAAAGUAUGCUGGAAAGCUGGCAAUGUCGUCUUAAUCAUCAUCAAUCAGGACUCUACAUUACAGCGUUAUGACACAAACAACAUUGGCAAUGAAAUUAUGUCUUGCCGGAUGGGUUAGCCUACUUUUCAGUUAAAGGCCCAGCGCACUCAAAAUUCUGUUUUUCCUGUGUUUUGUAUCAUUGUACAACAGCUGAGGAACUAACACUGUAAAAGUAUGAAAAAAA